ACUUGUGGCCUUAAACUGAAUUAGACUGUCUAUUUAUUUUGAUCUGACUGAUCUUCAUAAUAUUUGCGAAACAAAAAUGAUAAUAAUAGCAUCGAGUUACAUAUCUCCAUUCUAUUUUUAAUAGCCGAAUUUCUUUUAUAAGUGUCUAGGACCCCAAAGCCGUCGUAUAUAAUAUUAAGUUGUUUGUAAUGAAAGAGCAAUGAAAGUGUUUUCUAUUGAUUGGCAACUUUCUUGACACAUUUGUAAUUAAUUUGUAUUGUUAUGAAACGAAAGUAAACACAAUUAUAAAUAAAAAUGAUUAGUGAAUUAAGGAUAUCGGUGUUGUUAAUGCUUCUAUUAUCAGAAGCGUCUUCUUUACCUUACGACAUUCAUUGGUUAGGCGGACCGACCACAAUUGAAAGGGAAAUACCAUCUUCGAAAAAGGCUAUCGACAUCUACUGUUAUACUGGUACAACAAAAAGUUUAUUUGCACUCUGGCAAACUGUGAAAUUUCAAAUAAGAAUUAAAAAUGAUGAAUUUCGUCAAUACCUUGGCUCAAAUCCAGAAGAUGUUUAUAAAGAGUAUACAAAAGAUAGCUACGGUUGGUCUGUUGUUAAUCCGUUCAUUAAGAAAUCACAGAAAACUGUUUCCAUCAACUUGUUUGAGCCAACAUGCAUGGCCAUUAACACUAAAGAAAGACAUAGUAUUGACCUGCUGGUGCAAAGGGUGGAUCUAUGGCGCGUCAUACUAAUGGCUGCUGGCAUAGCACUCAUCUUCUCUUCAAAGUCUCUGAGCGGUAACCCCGUGUUCUUCUACUUGUGUGGGAUCUUCAUUGGCGUCUUUGCAUCAUUUAUGGUUUUAAUGUAUUACAUCAGCAAAAUGCUGCCUAAGCGCACAUUAACUUAUGGCCUCCUCAUUGGUGGCUGGACUGUUGGUGUGUAUCUAUUCCAACAAAUGUGGGAGAACAUUCAAACAUUAGCUGUGGAUCACCGGAAUUAUGUGAUCUGGUACACGUUGGCAGUCAGCUUCAUCAGUUUCUUAGUUUGCUACAGGAUAGGUCCACCGAGGAAUCAACGAAGCAAGAACAUUGUAAUGUGGACAAUACAGUGCGUCGGAGUGCUGAUGAUAUUCUUUAGCAGCGAGUACCAGGAAGCUUCAGCGGCCAUCAUCAUAGCUUCGAUGAUCAUUAAGUAUUUCCCGGAGUCGUGGGUAUACAGAAUACGAGGAUAUUGGCGCAGCAAGUUCCCCCCGGCGCGGCGCCUGCUCACCAGCGAGGAGUACUACGAGCAGGGAGCGCGCGAGACGCGGCGCGCGCUGGCGGCGCUGCGGGAGCACUGCGCCAGCCCCGACUGCGCGCAGUGGGCCGUCAUGCUCAAACUUAACGACUCCAAGAGAUUCGCAAGUUUCGUGGAGGGGAAUUCGCACCUCAGCGACGACGAGAUCCUGGACUACGAGUCCUACGCGUUCUCCCUGGACCGGAGCCGCAAGCCCAGCUCGCACUCCACCAGGAACCAGCUCGAGAUAUCUGACGACGACGACCUCACCGACAGCGACGACGACUCCGCGUAGCCGAGCCGAGCCAGCAGGGGGCCGACACACACAUCUACCUGGUCUGAAGCAGUCGCCGGGGCACGCAGGCGUCAAGGCUGCCAUCGAUUUUGAGAAGUACACAGACGAGCUUGCGACCUGGGCUACACAAGUGCGGGUCCAGCUAUCCUACCCUUUAACACAGAACCCACCCCGGAGACGGCAGGACUGGGACAGGAUACUGGUGUACGGGCGCACCCGGAGGCGAGGCCGCCUUGUCACUCUUCGGAUUCUAGCCAGUUCGGACUGUUAUUACAUGAGAUCCUCUAUUGAUGAACUUUCAAAUCUAAUUAUUAGUUUUUGUAAAUACCGCAAAAAGUUCCAGGAGUCAAUGACCUCUCCCAAUGUUCUGUUUAAAUGUUAAUUAUACACAUUGAUGUGCAGAACCACCAGUCUGCACCCCGCUAUAGUAUCGAGCGGGCUCAGUUUGCGCUACAUUGCUCUGUCGGCUAUUUCCCUAAGCAUAUGCGGCAAGAACUUGUGCAGCAAUGGAAGCUUUAGUUUUGUCGUCCAUUAUAUAAUCAACGUGAAUCUGUACACGGCUGCCCACACAUAACAAUACGUGUAUCAUCGUAUGUUAUGUAUAGUCUGUGCAGGUAUCGGAGUCCAUGGACUACAUUGUGGACGGCGCCACUGAAUUAGACGAUUUCAGUUCUAAGUAUAGUAUUAACUACUAUGAACACUAAUUAAUGUUAUUAUAUUAAACUCACCAUAAUUGUUUCGAAAGACUAAUGUUAAAAAAUAUCAAUUGUACGAACGAAUUAAAAUAAAAAAACUCAGAUUGUUUAGUAAUUUAACUUUAUUAAAAUAAAUAACUAAUUUGUCAGUGAUAUAUUUUAAUAUAAUAUAUGAGUAUUUUUUUGUAUUAAUGCACAGAACUGGAAUUGUCAAAUUUUUUGUUAAUAUUAGUAGUAUUGAUUUCACUCAAGCGUUACACUAUGAAAGUUUAAACUAUAUAAACGACAUGCUAUUCAUAGUAUACAAAUAGAACAGUCUAAUUUUAUUUUGAUUAGUUAAUAAAUUAGCAUUGCACAUUACAGGUGUGUCGUAGCACCAAUUCUGAAGUAUUUAGCCACUUGUUCUCAGCGGUUCAGUGAAUAAAGGCAGGUACAGGUGUGUCGGUCCGGGCCGGGCUCCCCGUGUGUCAGACUAUGAGACUUAUUAAUCUUCAUUAUUUCGCUGUGAAUUUUGAUUUUAACAAAGUUCACUCUGUCCAUUUCUGAUGAAUUUUGAAUGUUGAAUACUAGUUCCUAGUUAUUUUUGUACGAGUUACAUUUGUUUGUGAAUAAAAUGAUUUAAUUAAAA